GUUAAGCGCAGGAGGAGCUCGGGAAGGAGCGGCUCGGCUGGAGGGGCUGUGCUCACACCGGGGACCCCGCACAGACCCCACGGACACGGGCAGAGAGGGGGAGCUCCGUUCCCCUUGGGGCUGGCACCGAGUCCUGAUGCAUUUCCAGUGCAAACCAGCCCAGGCUGUGUGCACAAAUAACCCUGCACGUCUCAUCUUUCUAAUUUAGAGAGAAAGAGAAAAAAAAAUAACCUGCAAAAAUACCUGUUUGCAGCUGCCACGAAGGGAGUUUGUUUUUCCUAACACUGAAUUUCCUAACUUCUUUUGCUGGGAGGUGAUAGGGCCCUGCAGCUUUGCACUGAAACAAAAUAACCUGGAAGGAGUUCUGCAGGCACUCGGGUAAUGCCUGAGGGAGCAAACCACACUAAUUUACAUUAUUGUUACAUAUAUACUCCAUUUUUCCUGCGUUUAUCACCCUGCCCAGCUUCCAGCUCCAUCAACUGCUGUGUCAGGAAGGAUCGUGAGUCAGUGAUGAUAAAAAAGGGGGUAUUUUCUGUCUUGGCAUUAGGCAGCUGUCCUUAGCCUCACUUUGCUGCAGAUGGGACCAGCUGAGUCCCCAAUUCGGGAUCUGGGGCAGGAUUUGCUCAGUGCAUCCCCUGGAUCAUGAGAAGGAGCAGGUUUUUCCCAGCUGAAAUGCUGGCCUGGCCAGCUCCAGGUUUUUAUGGGGCCAUCCCAUCAUGAAACGGAGGGAUGGAGAGCACGGAUUGUUCUUCAGAGCUGCAGAGUGCGGGAUGCAGCCCAAACAGAGAUACCUGAGAUACUCCAGGGAGCUGAGCAGCACCUCUGCCUCCCCUUCAACUCUACCUUUAGGCUAAUUCAGAGAUUCCUGCAGUCCACGGAGAGCAGAAUUUGUCAUCUCUGGGGUACUCAAAGUGUAAAUAGAGUGUGAGUGGUGUCCUCUCACGACUUUACAAACUCUCUUGUCCCUACCCAAGCUGAUACUUGGAGGACUCUUCCUUGCGAAUCCUUAAACUGUGAUUGCAGCUCUUAAAGAUGUUUCUGUUAUUCCCAAGCUCUGGAUAACUCCAGCACAACCUCUCCGCUCUCCUCUCUCCCCUGCGAGCCGCAAGACAAACACAACCCCUCGCGUUUUCUUGGAUUUCAAAGGGCGCUUGGGUCCGAGAAGCGGAGGUUUAAGCUUUAAGGUUUAAGGGUGCUUAAACAAACAUCUGGCCACGAAUGUAAACCGCUGGAGGUGGCGGCCGAGUGCCAGCGGUGGAUGUGCCGUGCCCGCAGCCCCCAGCCCCAUCCCCUCGCUACGUGAUGUUUCCCUUAAGCGGUGCCGAGCUGUUUAGUCUUCCCCCGGCUUUGCGCUGCCACUUCCUUUGUUUAAUCGCCGCACAAAGAGAGGUUUGUUCGCCUCGGCGGAACAAAGACACUUCCACGUCUCCUGUUUUUCCGAGGCGGGAUGAAUCACUGAGCUCCGCCGCUAUUGCCGGGGAUUUGCGUUGGGGAAGCGGCGCUCGGAGCGCCCCGGCGGGGCCGGCCGCGCUCCGCACCCCCCGCACCCCGCUCCGCUUUGACGUCUCUCUUUAACCAUUCCCUGCCCGAGCAGGACCCCGAGCCGGAGACAUGCUCCAGGAGUUCAAGAGGAUGCUGAACAGGGAGCUCACACACCUGUCCGAGAUGAGCCGCUCCGGCAACCAAGUGUCCGAGUACAUUUCCAACACUUUCCUGGACAAGCAGAACGAUGUGGAGAUCCCUUCUCCCACCCAGAAGGACAGGGAGAAGAAGAAAAAGCAGCAGCUCAUGACACAGAUCAGCGGGGUGAAGAAAUUAAUGCACAGCUCCAGCUUGAACAACACCAGCAUCUCACGAUUUGGGGUGAAGACGGAAAAGGAAGAUCACCUGGCCAAGGAACUGGAAGACCUGAACAAGUGGGGCCUCAACAUCUUCAACGUGGCCAGGUAUUCCCACAACCGGCCGCUCACCUGCAUCAUGUACGCCAUAUUCCAGGAGCGGGAUCUGCUGAAAACCUUCAAGAUCUCUUCGGACACGUUCGUGACGUACAUGAUGACGCUGGAGGAUCACUACCACUCGGACGUGGCCUACCACAACAGCCUGCACGCUGCCGACGUGGCCCAGUCCACCCACGUGCUGCUCUCCACCCCUGCCCUGGAUGCCGUCUUCACGGAUCUGGAAAUCCUCGCUGCCAUUUUCGCAGCCGCCAUCCACGACGUGGAUCACCCCGGGGUCUCCAAUCAAUUCCUGAUUAACACAAAUUCCGAGCUGGCCCUGAUGUACAACGACGAAUCCGUGCUGGAGAACCAUCACCUCGCCGUGGGCUUCAAGCUGCUCCAGGAGGAGCACUGCGACAUCUUCCAGAACCUGACCAAGAAGCAGCGCCAGACCCUCAGGAAGAUGGUGAUUGACAUGGUGUUGGCCACUGAUAUGUCCAAGCACAUGAGUCUGUUGGCUGAUCUGAAGACUAUGGUGGAAACCAAGAAGGUGACGAGUUCGGGAGUUCUCCUUCUGGACAACUACACGGACAGAAUACAGGUUCUCCGGAAUAUGGUACAUUGUGCAGACCUGAGUAAUCCCACAAAGUCUCUGGAGCUGUACCGGCAGUGGACAGACAGGAUCAUGGAGGAGUUCUUCCAGCAGGGAGACAAAGAGCGGGAGAGAGGCAUGGAAAUCAGCCCAAUGUGUGACAAACACACGGCCUCCGUGGAAAAAUCCCAGGUGGGAUUCAUUGACUACAUCGUGCACCCGCUCUGGGAGACGUGGGCUGACCUGGUGCAGCCCGACGCCCAGGACAUCCUGGACACUCUGGAGGACAACAGGAACUGGUACCAGAGCAUGAUACCUCAGAGCCCAUCCCCUCCUCUGGAGGAGCGGGGCCAGGACUGCCAGGGCCUGGAGAAGUUCCAGUUUGAACUGACGCUGGAGGAGGAGGAUUCGGACGGGCCCGAGAAGGACGGCGAGAGCCUGGGCUACUUCAGCAAUACAGAGACGCUCUGCGUGGCCCAGCCGGGGCAGGAGGAGCCCCAGAGGGAGGCCACCAUCGAGAUUGUGACAGAAGACACGUCUCCUGUGGACACAUAAUGGCCCGGCCCCGCGGGAGUGGCUUUUAAACACUUGCGGAGCUUGCGAGCGGCCCCCGACCGCCUCGGCAGCCGGGGCCGAGGCCUCUGCCACGGGGGGACAGAUCCUCCAGCUGCUUGAGAUUGGAGUCAGGGUUCCAGAUGGGGUAGGGAACGAUUGCUCAGGAAAUGCACGGGUGAUUUGCGUUGUGGUUUGAGCCUCGUCAGCCGAGAGCACCGCCUGGUCCCGGAGCUGGCUUGGGUCGGGCCCGAGGCGGCGCUGACACACAACUGAGAGAUUUUAUACCGUUAGUUUUGGAGUUUAUAGCAGUUAGACUGAUAGAAACUACUGAUCAAUAACUCAUAUCCAACCUGUCCACCCGACCACCUGUCUGCAGACCUGUGUGCCUUCUUUGUAAACACUUUCAUGUCUUUUCAAGAGUCUCUUAAUCCAACACACGGAGCUUGGUAGUUCAAAAGCGACACAAGGUGUUUCGGAAUUGACGGCUACUUUUUGGAUUCUUCCUGUUACCAGAAGCAGUCUUCCUUUUUUUUCAUGGGCAAUACCUGUCACUUUAUUGCAGUUAAUCACUUUGACAGACUAAACAGAAGGGGAAACCCUCUGCUUUGCAUUACUGCACCUUCGAUGUGUUCCUAAUCCCCCCGGGGAGCCGUCGGGAGCCGCUCGGUGCCGUCGGGCGCCGUUCCCUCGCUGGGAACAGCGGGAUUUCUUUUCCUCCCCGGGGUUUGGGUUUGUGGUGAGCAGGACAGAGGGCAGGUUUUUCUUUCCCUGGCACAGCUCAGUCCAUCCCUGAGUAAGCGUGGCAAGGCAGCGUGUGGCACGCCUUCCCCCUCGGCAGCUCCCUGGAAUUUGCACGCUCGGAUAUUUGUGUUUCUCCGGCCUCUCGUCCACGUUCCCUAGGUUUAGGUCCACCAUCCUCCUCCUCCUCCUGCACUGCCUCGAGCUCUACCACCUCCAUUACUGUUUAUAACAGUGUAUUUAUUACCUACUGUACAUACUGUAAUGUUUUGUAAGUUAUUAAUUUAUAUGAAUUAGCAUCGCCUGUCGGCGGCGAUGUUAAUGGCGUAGAAAACUCGGAAUAAGAGUUGCCUUUUUUUUCUCUCGUAACCUUUUUGUAUUGCAUAAAGUCCAAGAACCUGAACAUAGCUGAAGAGACAGACACAACCCAGCAAGGGCAUUCGGGUGGCAGCCGCCCGUGGGGAGGGGACACCGCAUCCCAGGGCAGCAAAUUUGGGAAUUUGCCAGGAAUGCAGAGAUUGAGGGGGGGGAAAAAAAAAAGAACUCCCCACACCCGGGCCGGCUUUUCAAUGUCACAACGUUCCAAUUUCUGAACAACCCAAUGUGAAUUUCUAUGAUGGAAAAAAAUUUAAAAAAAAAUAAUAUAUAAAAAAAAAAAUGUGAACUGAUGUAAUAAUUGUGCUGUGAAACUUCCUCUGACAAAGCUUGUCCGGCAUCGUGAGCGGUGUCAAUCUCAGUUUGUAAAAUAUGUUUCAAGCUUUUUGGUCCAACUCGUGACUAAUUAGUUCAUGACAAUAGCACAGUUGUGCAUGAUCAAUGGGUUUGUUUGUCUGUUGAACACUGCAUUGUUCCAGGUGGUUAUUUUAUUGUUCCCCAAAGUUUCACACUAUGUAUGUUAUAGUAUUCUAUAUUGUGUUCAGGCGCAUUCUUAAGAGAUUUUUAUAUGAAGUGAAUAAAUGAAAGCAUGACCCAG